AUGACCGGCAGUAUUUGUUCCUGUCUCAAAGAUCCGUUCAUUGCUGCCACCUCCACCUCUUUGGGUGCAUUACAGCAGAUCACGACGCUGGAUACUCCAUUUUCACUUGGACAUUCAAAAGCCCUUGACCAGGUCCCUACUGCCUCCCUGCUACACAAUCUUAAUACCGUUGGCAUCAAUGGGAACUUAUGUCAGUGGUUCGCCUCCUACUUAGCAGACAGGAUGCAACUAACGCGAGACUUAGAUUCACUGACUCGCUGUUCAAACGACUAUGGCGUAGGCUUUUCCUCCACGAAAUCCUGCAUAACUUCCCGCCGAUGCUCUCUCCCGGCUGACGCUUCCACAAUCAAUGGAAAUCCUUUCAUUCAUUCCACAGGGAUCGAAGAUCUCCACCUCAGACAUUCCUGUACUUUUAGCCUUUCUCACCAGGUGCAGCUCCAGUCUCCUCCCUUUGCACCCAAGGUUGCAGACUCUCAAUUGAAACUGUCCAACGCUCAUUCAAGAGAAGGCUGUUCCUUCGGUAAAAUCCCCUCUUACCGCUUCCGCUGUAAAAUCUGGGCCCCAAGCCACUAUGGCUAA